AUGGAAGAGUCACCUAACACACUUCGAUAUGUUGAUAUCGGGAUCAACUUGAGUGAUCCAAUGUUCAGUGGCACAUAUCACGGCAAGAAAGCUCACGAGUGUGAUCUGGAUGAUGUUAUUCAACGUGCUCGAGAUGUGGGCUGUGAAAAGUUCAUGGUUACAGGCUCAGACCUUGUUGAGUCUGAGGAGGCUGUCAAGAUCGCCCGCAACUAUCCCGGUUUCUGCUAUGCCACAGUUGGUGUGCACCCUUGUCAGGCCAAGCUCUUCGAUGAGUACCCUGAAGGCCCCGCGAAGAUGCUUGAGGAGCUGCGAAAACUAGCUAUUGAGUCCAAAGAAGCUGGUCUUGCUGUUGCUUUUGGCGAAAUCGGUCUCGAUUAUGAUCGGUUAUUCCACAGUGCUAAGGAACCUCAAUUGAAAUAUUUUGAGGCUCAGUUGGACCUUGCCGUUGAGAUUGGAAUGCCUCUUUUCCUUCACUCGCGUGCUGCAAGUGAGGACUUUGAGAGGUUACUCGCCGCUAAGCUUCCUCAACUACCAAAGGGUGGAUUAGUCCAUAGCUUUACAGGUACAAUGGAGGAAAUGCAAAGGCUGGUUGCUUUAGGUGUUGAUAUCGGUGUUAAUGGUUGCAGCAUGAAGACGGAAGAGAAUCUGGAGGUUGUGAAGGCUGUUCCCUUAGAACGUCUUCAAAUUGAGACCGAUGGGCCCUGGUGUGAAAUACGCCCUUCUCAUGCAUCAGCCAGGUUUUUGACUGGGGCUCCAGAGUUACCAAAGUCCGUCAAGAAAGAGAAGUGGCAGAAGGGCUUGAUGGUCAAGGGUCGGAAUGAGCCUGUUGCUAUUGCUCGCGUUGCUCAUGUUAUUGCUGCAGUGAAGGGUAUUUCUGUGGAGGAAGUGUGUGAAGCGGCCUGGAACAACUCAACCAAAAUGUUUGGCUUGGGAUUGAAUUCCGUGUAA